CUAGAACGAGCGCCAACAUCCAUACGAUUCCAUAAAACUUCGAAAGGCUCUUUUCACCCUCUAGCUUGCUCUUCCUCCUCGAUCGGACGGUCGCAGAACAGAGACCCUCGCGUUCUUUGUGUCACGAUCAAAGGAAACGCACACAAAACAACACGCAUCAAAUACGCCAGGCCGGAUCGCCUACCGAACCUCUGCGUAGUAAUCCAGACGAUAUCGAAUUCGGAAUAGGGAUCAAGGAGGUCGAGUUACCUUUCUACCCUCAUCGAAGAGCUGCACUGAAAGUUCGAGGUCGAUACCGUCCUCGACACAACUUAUCAACAAGCCUAGCGCUUAAACAAGGACCGAAUUCGGAACACCUCAAGCUCAUUCCCCAUCAACCGCUCGCCCUCAGCCUCCAAUCCUACCUCAUCAACAUCUUCAUUAUCUCGGUUGCCGUGCGAACUUAGCACCAUUCACGAACACGCAGCAGAGAGCAGGAUAACAGCACAGUCGAACGAUGGGUCAGAUUUCUAGUUGUUGCGGAUGCGGUUCGGCGCGUAAACAGUCUUACGAGCCUUUGUUGCUCGAGAACGAACGGGAGGCUGUUAGCGAAUUGUUGCACCACCUCGAGAACCGAACGACCACCAACUUUUUCACCGGUUCCCCCCUUGCCUCCUUGACAACCCUCUCCUUCAGCGACAAUGUCGACCUCCAACGAUCUGCCGCUUUGGCGUUUGCAGAGAUCACGGAAAAGGAAGUCCGCGAGGUGGGGAGGGACACGUUGGAUCCGGUCUUGUUCCUGCUUGGAAGCCAUGAUACCGAAGUCCAGAGAGCGGCUAGUGCCGCUUUGGGAAACCUGGCUGUGAACCCGGAGAACAAACUUUUGAUCGUUAGGUUGGGAGGUCUGGAGCCCCUUAUCCGACAAAUGCUCUCACCCAACGUCGAGGUUCAAUGCAACGCUGUCGGAUGUAUCACCAACUUGGCCACUCACGACGAAAACAAGACCAAGAUCGCCAAAUCCGGUGCUUUGGUACCGUUGACUCGACUAGCGAAGUCGAAGGAUAUGAGGGUACAGAGGAAUGCUACCGGAGCUCUGUUGAACAUGACGCAUAGUGAUGAAAACAGGCACCAGCUUGUACACGCCGGAGCCAUCCCCGUGCUGGUCGGCUUGUUGAACUCGCCGGAUACCGAUGUGCAAUAUUACUGCACGACCGCCUUGAGCAACAUCGCUGUUGAUGGUGCCAACCGGAAAAAGCUCGCCUCGACUGAGCCCAAGCUCGUACAGAGCCUGGUCGCACUGAUGGACAGCCCUAGUCUGAAAGUACAGUGUCAGGCUGCUUUGGCCUUGCGAAAUCUGGCUAGCGAUGAGAAAUAUCAGCUUGAAAUCGUCAAAGCCGACGGCUUGACCCCGCUUUUGCGUCUUCUCCACUCCUCUUACCUUCCUCUGAUCCUCUCUGCCGCCGCCUGUGUUCGAAACGUCUCGAUCCACCCCAGCAACGAAUCUCCUAUCAUCGACUCCGGUUUCCUGCAGCCGUUAAUCGAGCUGCUCUCGUUUGACGAGAACGAAGAGGUCCAGUGCCAUGCCAUCUCAACGCUCCGAAACUUGGCAGCUAGCAGCGAGAGAAACAAGACGGCGAUCGUCGAGGCCGGCGCUGUGGAGCGGAUCAAGCAGCUUGUCUUGCAAGCGCCAUUGCUGGUACAGAGCGAGAUGACCGCUUGUGUGGCUGUCCUGGCACUGAGUGACGACUUGAAGCCGCAACUGCUUGAGAUGGGAAUAUGUGAAGUCCUGAUCCCCUUGACCAACUCGCAAAGUUUGGAAGUGCAGGGCAACAGCGCCGCGGCUCUCGGCAACCUGUCAUCAAAGGCGGCGGAAGACUACGCGCCCUUCAACGCAGUGUGGAACUCGCCAGAAGGAGGUCUGCAUGCAUAUCUCGUCCGCUUCCUGGGUAGCCCCGAUCAGACCUUCCAGCACAUCGCCGUCUGGACCAUCGUGCAACUUUUGGAGUCGGAAGACGAGACCUUGACGAACAACAUCCGAGCCUCGCCUAUCCUGCUCACCCGGGUAAAGCAGCUGGCUGCUCAAUCACCCGGCUCGCGAUCUCAGGGAAGUAGUCGCCGCGGCUCAACAUCGGAUGACGAGGGAAGUGCUGGCGAAAACGGCGCGGGUGAGAUCGCAGGUCUGGCCAAGAGGAUUCUUAGCUUGACAGAAGGUGGAAGUGAACUCGAGGGCGACGAGAACGACGGCGAGCAUGCGGAACUGCGGGCUAGCGUACAUCAAGCCUUGAACGGACAGCAGCAGCAUUAGGUCGUCAUCCACAAGAUGAUCACACCAACUCUCCUCAAUAUACCCCUCCGACCUUUCGAAAACGCGAUCAAUCAUAAUCCCAUUGAUCGAAAUCCGCUAUCCGCUCUCCGACCCUUUCAUGUAUGUUACGAUUUGUCAUGCCCAAACUGGCUCUCCCCGUUAUACUUUUUCUCUUCCAUCUUUCUGAUCAUGUAGUAGAGCGAUGCAUCACAAUACAGAAUAGUAAUGCCCAAAGGAC